AUGAACAAGCUAAGAAAGACCUCUAAUCCCCCAACUUCCACCACCAACCUCGUCGAACGGCGGCCUCUCCUUUCAACAUCCUCAACAACCGCACUGUCCAAACACUCAAACUUGGUUCCUAUACCCGUCGAAAUUCAACCACUAACAGCAUCGGACCAAUACUGGGCAACACGCGCUCUCAAAGCCGAAGCCCUUCUCUCGGCGCAGGAAAGCCAUCAUAGGGAGGUCAGGAGUCUAGGAUUCUCGCAAGACGUCAAACGCUCCAGAGAACUAGCGACACUGGCUCAGCAGCACAAGGAAAAGCAUGCGUCUAUGGAGAAGCUCGUCAUGCUACUCACAGCGACAGUCGCAUUACUUGUGCUCCUAGUGAUCUAUCUUGCGACACACUAUACGCAUCACUCGCUGCUCCUACAGCAACAACAGCAGCAGCGGCAUUGGCUUGCAGGACUCCCAUCGCAUUUCACGAUUCCAAUAUUGUCCCCGUUUACCUCUGUCGUCGAGAAAGAGACCUCAGUGAUUGGUACAAGAUCAAUAACGGCGAUGUCCCUUGUAGCUGGUCUUAUUGCCUAUUUGGUGUUUCGGCAUUGGCUGAGCUCAAGGGGCGUGGUGGCGGGUUCGAGAAUUUGA